CCCGCAGCUCCCGCUUUCCACAACACUCGCCAUCUCGCCAUCUAUCCCUAUGCAGUCUCCCGCUAUUCUGCCUUCCUUCGCGCCCGAAUCGUGGAUCGUUUUAUUCGUGGCCCUUGGGCUGUUCUGCGAGUUAUUGAUCGGCCCAUGCCGAGCUCCGAGUCUCCUCACGGACAUCUGGACCCGGCUCAUAGCAUCAGAGUCUCAACCGAGAAUAGACAUUGCGGUUCCUGAAUACGCCACCCGGCAUCGCUUGAGCGAAGAGCAGCGUGCAGCCACCCGCACCCUGGCUGCUGCGCGGAAAAAGCUUGCUGAAAGCAUUGAAAAGAUGGAGCCGCCACUGCCUGUCGGCGUCCGCGUGCGUGAAUGCGAAGUCGCGGCUGUCCUCGCCCCACGAUCACAUCUCUUCGAGGAAGAUUGGGAGGUGCCGGCCGUGUUCUCGCCUGCUGCGCGUAGGGUGGGCGCCUCCCGCUUUCAACAGACCACCGACGCUGCUUCGAGUCUACCCGAAAAAGGGAUGGUGCACAGGCUGAUUUCCCCGCAAAAAUCUUCGUCGUCCCGAUUAGACACAACACCGAUCCCGACAAGACAUAUUCUGAACGGCACACCAGACGCUUCGGAGUUCAGAACGACACCCGGCCCCUCGGCAUCCGCCGCCGCCGAUUUCAGCAAUAUCUCGUCUCGACAACUCGCCGCAUCGCCGCCCGCGUUCAGCCACAUCGCUCGUACUACUCCUCUUCCCGUGCCGAUCGACAGAAGCAAGGUAUCAGGGGGCAUCAGCAUGAAAGUCGCCCAGCGGAUCCGCGAGGAGAGUUCCAAGGAGGAUAAGGAGAACUUCCAGUUCAGAAUCGUAAAUCGCAGUUGAAGUGCUUUGAGUCCGAUACCCUGUGCGAACGAUUCCCGGAUAGAUCCAAAGUUGUGAAGACGGUUAUAUCGUUGAAUAGAGGAUUGUCAUUGCGUCAUCACAUCAAAGAGCAGGGUUGAACACCCACGUGAUCAAGAUUGAACCGUGAGACUAUAUCACGGCGUCUUGCAUGCUGGUUGAACAGGAGUCUACAGGAAUCAAAUCUGAGUAGAAUCUAGCACCUACUGAUUGGGACGCCCCAGUAAAAUUGAAACCAAAUUGAAUGCAUGAAAGGCGGCCCACACAGCCGCUGACCGAGAAGACCGGACUGGACUAACGGACCGCCCAUGAGCACCCGUUUUGAUCGAUAGGAGUGCACCGCCAGAUCGGCAACGGGCGCCGCUGUUUUGCCACAAACGGACCAUUCACCGCUCGUUUCACCAGAUUGAAUGCAAGGGUAUUUAACGCACGUCUCGAGUUCCACACCCAACACAUUCAUCUUCUUCCCCGUCCCCAUACACGAUGUUCUCUGCGUCUCUCAUUCUCUCUGCUAUCAUUCUCUCUGCUGUCAGCGCCAUCCUGGCCUCUCCUUCGCCGUCUGGACCAGAGCUGAUCAGCUCUCUGAAAAUCGCGGCGACUGCUGUAGACCGUGUUGCACUGCUCCCGGAUGACUCGCAGGUUAGCUCCAGAGCCGGUGUCCUCCCAAUUUCAGUGGCGGACGACUUACCACACUGCUCAGUUUGUAUUCGACUUUUUUGAUCCCAGUCUAAAAGCAGCCAAGGGAGCGGGCGGGGAAGUCGUGCUCGCGAACAGCGCGAGCUUCCCCGCUGUCGUCGGCAACGGCGCGGCCAUGGCGGUUGGGAUUCUGGACGCAUGCUCGAUGAACACGCCGCACACGCACCCGCGCGCGGCGGAGGUGCUGUUUAGCGUCAACCAGACGAUCCGCUCCGGCAUGAUCACGGAGAACGGCGCGCGAUUCGUGCUGAAUGAGAUUCCGCCCGGGAGCAUGACCGUGUUUCCCCAGGGAUCGGUGCACUUCCAGGUCAACGACGGAUGCGGUGAGUGCAGGAGAAUAUUUUUUCUAGUCUCCGCGACUUACGGGUUAUGGGCAGAGCCUGCCUUCUUUGUCUCUGGGCUCAAUAGCGAGGAUCCCGGAGCGUUGCAGGUUGCUCAGCGGCGUAUGUAAUCUGCUCUUCCAUGCUCUGGUCAUUCAUUGAAACAUCUUUGCGCGACCAGUGUUCGGUCUAUCCCCAGACGUCGUCGCAGCAACUCUGGGCGACAUCGGUGUCAAAGAAGUCGAGAAGCUCAACUACCUCAUCCCAGACAGUGUCGCCAUCGCCACAGAUGAAUGCCUUAAACGCUGCCAUCUCCAACGCCCUUCCCAAACGA